AUGUCUACCUGGUAUAUGGACGGUGCCGAGGAUAACCGAGGUGUUUAUACAAAACAGGGACCAGAAGGUUUGCUACAGAGUGAGCGCAGGAGGAUAAAGCUGCAGAGUGACCUUGUGACCUUACAGAGGGAUCAGCGCCUCCGGGCUGUGCGGCUGCAGAGCCGGUGGCAGGAGCUGAGUGAGAGAGAGCGUCAGGCCCAGCAGCAGAACAGGCAGCUGCUGCAGGAGUUUGACAGAGCCCAGGACACUCUGAGAGACAUGGUCACCCGCACCGCCGCUAUGAAUACCAUAAAAGUGGAGUAUGAAAGGUAUCUGGAGGAGAGCUUCCCUCGCUGGCAGCAGCAGCUCAAACAGAAGACACGAUCUGCCCAACGUAAGCGAAUGGAGCAGCACCUGAAGGAGUGCCUGAGGAGUAUGGAGGAGGACAGGGCUGAAGAGAGGGGCUCCAGACCCCCCAUUGGAGCCCAACCUCCACUUUCCCCAUGUCAUGUCCAACAGCUCCAGAAUGCCGCUGCGCAUCAAGAACACCACAACCAAAAUGGCCACCAGGACUACAUCCAAAAUGGCCGCCAUGAUCCCAGCAUCCCUUCAAUCCAGUCCUCCUGGUUGAUUCAUGCUCGUUCCCAAUGGGUUGAUUCCCAAACCAGAAUGCACUCCAAACUCCAACAAAGAGACAUGACUCACCACCCCGCUCACCCCCUCCACCCCUAUGACCCUCAGUCCCUCUACCCCCCUCAGCCUUACCCUGACCAGCCCCCUCAGUCCCUCUACCCCCCUCAGCCUUACCCUAUCCAGCCCCCUCAGGCCUACUCUACCCCUAGUAAACACCACAUUGUGAUCCAGCAGGAGGCACCACCGACAGGGUUCCCCAUACAAUGGGCUGCUGGGGUCGCCACGGCUGGGCUCCCUUUCAGGGCCCCAGUGGGCCUUCAAACCUCCUGGACCAGCCCUGCCAUGUCGGAUACCCAGGGAUGGAGAAUGGUACAGGGUGUGGCGGGGGAGGAUCUGGGGAGUGCAGCGACUAGUCCUGAAGGAGGGAGCAGUGUGGGACACAGACAGAAGAGAGAAGAGCAGCGAUCUGGCACAUGAGCUCGACAUCAAACCAGUGCGUCUGUCGAGUGGACAUGGAGAGAGCAGUGAGAGCAGCAGAACCUCCAGUCAGGCCAGUAAAGACAGCGUCAGUAGCAGGGAGAGGAGGAAGAGGAAGGAGAAGAAUAGAGGAAGAGCAGGACAGAGCGCAACAGACAGGUCCUCUGCAGGAUCCGGGAAGGUGGUUAUUCCUGAGGCUUCAGUAUCUUCUGCCUCUGUGGUCCAAAGCUCAGAGAAUGAUGGGACAUCGGUGGUAGGGAGCAACAGGAGCAGGAUGAGUAGGGGACUGGCUAACCUAUUCAGUGCAGAGGAGUCAGGAAGUCAUAGAGACGAAUCAGGGAGUGAUAGGGAGUGGUCGGUGAGUCAAAAAGAGGAAUCAAGUCAAAUUCAAGAAUCAGUGAGUCAUAGGGCAGAGCCAGUGAGUCAAAUGGAAGAGUCAAGAAGUCAAAUGCAGGCGUCAAUGAUUAAAAUGGAGUCAGUGAGUCAUAGGGAGGAAGUAGCCAGUGAGAAAGAAGUAGGAGAUAAUGACAUGGAGGCCACAGAGGGAGAAGAGGAGAGUCUGGUUGGACUCAGCGUGGAGGAGGGAGCAACAGGAGAAGAAGAGAGUCUGGUUGGACUCAGUGUGGAGGAGGGAGCAACAGGAGAAGAAGAG